AUGACUUUUCAAUUUAAUUUCACUAUAGAAGAUCAUAUGGAAAAUGAAUUAACACCUUUUGGAGAUGAAGAUACGACCUUGGGUUCCUCAGAAGAGUCAACUGUUUCAGAAAGUAAAAAAAGAAAACUUGAGAACAGAAAAUGUUCUACAGAACAACUUAGCUUGCCUCGGGGUCACUUUCCUAAAUCAUUAGGUAAUGCAACUCUCUCUCAAGACAGAAAAAGUCCACUUCGUGCAGCUAAUAGUUCAGAGAACUUGGAAUCAGGAGGGGCUAAAGAAAUUCAUUUUCAAGAUUACAACAGUUUGGUGAUUGAUGAAGUAACCUUACCUAACGUAGUGGCUAACUCCACUUUAGGAGAAGAAGAAGAAAAUGAUACAAGUGAACCAGCUGUGAAAAGAGGCAGGAAGUCAAAAUUAGCACAAGAACUACUUAAAUGCCGGUUCUUUUCUGGUGAAUGGUCUGAGUUCUGUGAACUUAUACUAAGCAGUGAAAAACCUUUUGUAAAAUAUGAUCUCAUACUCACCUCAGAAACCAUUUACAACCCAGAUUAUUAUAGUGCUUUGCACCAAACAUUCCUCAGGCUUUUAGAUAAAAAUGGACAGGUGCUUUUGGCCAGUAAAGUACAUUAUUUUGGUGUAGGUGGAGGUAUUCAUCUCUUUCAGAAGUUUGUAGAGGAAAAGAAUGUAUUUGAAGCUCGAACACUUGAAGUAAUCGAUGAAGGCCUAAAGAGGGUCCUAAUUGAACUAACUUUUAAACAUCCAGUUAAUAACCCUACUGUGCUAAGUGAAAUAAAUUGA